UGUAAACACGUUCACGCAUUGCUAUUAUAUUAUUACCACCGGGCGAAAUGUAGCCUGAUCAGUUUUCGAUAGGCAUUGCUAGCAGUCACAUCGGGCAGAGACGAUUUUGGUUCAUUAUAAACUGUUGACUGUCGACUGCCAGAAUAAAUUUUGAGGAAAGAUAUUGUUUGUUAAAAAAAUUGUGAUAAAACUCAUUUCAUAGAUAUUGGUUUUAUUGAAACAGUUGACAUUAUUGGUAUUUUUGCGGCUUGAUGGAAUUGCAAUAUAAAUGAGUUCUGUGCAGUUCCGAGAUUGUUUCGGAGACCUCUACAGUGAUGUUGAUUAGAUAGGUGCUGGACAUCGUUGCUACGUGGGAAUUAAUUAAUUAAUGGAUUCAAUUUGGAAUUAAUUAUUCAGAAACUAAGUGACAGUCGUGUGAAUAGUAUACAAGAUGGCACUUGAACUGACCGUUCGACAUGGGACCGUGCAUUCACCCGUGCUUGUUGUGCCGACACCGGAUUUUAAACGUUACCAGAGACAGACUAGUCUAGACUCCGAGCUGUCCCCUUCGGAUACUCCCCGGAAAAAUAAACGGAAAUUAAGUGAGCCUAAAAGGCGGACAACGGAUUUUAGCAUUAAACGUUUGUGUCCGGACUCCCCGGGCAGUGCGUGUUCGGAAAGUGGGCGAAGCGAGGGAAGUACCCCAGAACGAAGUCCCGACGACACCAGAGAGUCUUGUGACAAUGUUAGUCCGCCGGAUAUGGCGGUUGAAAGAGACCGACUGUAUCCACAUCACCCUCACCUUCGACCGCCAGUCAUGUACCCCGACAUGAGGCACAAUCCAUAUUUCAUUCCUCCGUUCUAUUACGGGCGUAUACCACCAGGAUUUCCGGCGCCCGUUGGACAUUUACCUGGCUUUCCGGGCAUGGGCGUCGGUAUCCCCGGCAUGGCGACUGUACCUUCAUUGAGUGCACCCAGCCAGGCUCCAGGGCACCACCACCAUCACCACUCUCGGGCUUCUAGUCAGGAGGACGCCGGUCGUUCCGGUUCUCCGCCCUCACCCUCCCCGCCACCUAGGUCGCGCGCACAGCAGCAGGUGCACAAACAUAAAAAGUCACACGUGUCUACCCCGUGUUCAUCUCAAACGCCACAACCAAGUGCUUGUCCCCCAUCCCCCGCUCAGGAGGAGGGGGAUACGUCCAGUAUGGCGUCACCGGACAGUCCUAAGGACGGGAAAAAGUGCAACAGGAAAAACUAUAAGAACAUGACACGUGAACGUCGCGUGGAAGCGAAUGCACGUGAGCGUUCGCGCGUGCAUACCAUCAGUGCAGCAUUCGAUGGACUCCGGCACGCCGUGCCGUCAUAUUCCUACAACCAGAAACUUUCAAAACUGGCUAUUUUACGCAUUGCAUGUAGUUACAUAAACGCUCUUAGCAAACUGACGGACUCCGACGUUGGUAGUCCAGAAAUUAAAGAUGUGUCGUUCGCAGAUUGUGUGGACAACUGCACUCGGACAAUACAAACUGAAGGAAAGGCGCGAAGGCGUCAUUAGAAACUAAGUGCUAUUUAAUUCUUACGGGAUAUUCAUAUUGCGUCAAAGACUGUUAUAUACUUGUUAUUAAUGUUUGGCCAUCGUAACGAUGCUGUUGUAACGUUGCUUAAUUGUUAAUUAAUGGCAAUUAACGUUAUGAUUAUCGAUCUGUGAUCUUGUUAUGGAGUAAUUUCAGUGUAUAGGGUUUUGUUUCUAUAAAACUACGUUUUAAUUAACGAAUAGAAAAUCUUUAUUUGAAAUGCCGACGGCCAGAAUUCUCGCCAGUUCAACGGUUUCUUAUCACUUAGAUCAAUAAUCUGUAAUUUUUCACAUUGAAAAGAUUUUUAACUGCAUUGAAAUUAUAAUUUGCUGAACUAGCAAAAUUGAUGUUAACAUUUUUUCUGGUUGUUGCUUUGUAACUCGUUCAGCUUGUCGCAUUUUUUUUUUUUUUAAAUAAAAUGCUUACGUGUUAAAUCGCCAUUAACAACCGUAAACGUUACUUCUUCAAAAUAUUUUAACUUUAAUUAAAAACCUUACAAAACAUACUUCUUGAAAAGUUCCUUGUCAGUAAAUUGUAUCGCAUCUUUAAUACUCUAAUAUGAAUUUCUGUAGAAACAUCUUGUACCUUGCGUCUAUUUUUUGUUAUGAAAAUGCAAAGAGUAUUUAAAUGAGCUUUAAGUUUAGUUUAAUUAAAAUUUAUAUAAAGAAGCGAAUUUGAAAACGAUUAAAUUUUCUAGGUUUUCGGCUAAGUUCGAAAUUUGUUAAACUCUGCGUUUUGUUCCAAAGUCGUGUUUUCAAAGUUCUCAUUAUAUUUUAAUGCUAACAUAUCUGUUCAAGUACAUAUUUUUAAACCCUCAGCAAGUUAAUGCAGAUUCCACAACGUGUAGAUUUCACACCGCGCUCCUCGCCAUCUGGCCGGGGCGUUUUUUGUUGACUGGCACGCAUGUAAAAUCCAACUGGCGACAGAAUGUCUGCGGAUUAAAAUUGAUUAGACCUUGCCGAAGUGGCGACGCAUUUAAAACAUGAACAAUUUCAUUCUCUUCCCGGGCUAAGGUGCAAUAUGUAAGCAUUUGUUCUCACAUAUUCCAUCAUGAUAUUCAGGCUGAGAAAAUAAAAUAAUCAUUGACAUUGAAAGACGGCGUCCUUUGAUCUCUUUCAUUCCUUAAUUCGUCAUUUUUGUCUCGUCUUAUAAACAUGAUCUAUCAAUUGAUGUUAUUCUAUUCUUCCUUGGAACAUUGUCUCUUAGAUUGAAAUUUUGGAAUGAAAUAUUGAUGUUUAUUAAAAUGUUGAAAUUCUAA